AUGUCGACCACCACUACCUCAACCACCAGCUCAGCCUCCGCCACUUCAAGCUGCCACGCGAAGCUAUACGAUAUUCCAGUCAGCGAUGCCGCCUGCGCGAUGCCAAUGAAGGGUAAUUACUCCUCGAUCAUGAGUAGCUGCUGCUCUUCGGCUUCCGUGGUCCAGUAUGACGACUGCGACUACUACUGCCUCGCUGAAGGCCAAUCUGUCGGUACCCUGGCCGAAUGCCUCAUCAAAGCCUCCGAGCCCGGAGAGGUCUGGUGUAACACCAAUGCCAAUUCCACUGCGACUGCGACGGCCACCGCUACCGGCACCGGUGUCGUUACUUUGAGUGCUACCGCAACUGGUACUGACUCGACCGGUACCGCUACCUCCAAAGAAGCUGCCGCUACUUCGACUUCGGCUGGAAUUGUUGCUCCUCGCCCACUGUCCAAGUCAGCCAUCGGUAUGGUUGGGCUUUUGCUGGUUGGAUCUGCCGCUGGACUUUUCAUCUAA